CCGGUAUCACAACAGAAAACAUCUGGAGCAGCAUCUGUGUCCGUAUCGCUGAGUGAUUCGGCUUCUACUGAGCAAAUUUCAACACUGACUACCAAUGCAAUAUCAGCAUCAUCUCCAUACGAAUCCACAUCUCCAGAAUCCUGGCAAACAACACCAUCUUGGACAUCGAUGGACUCUUCUGUAUCAUCUCCAUCUGCUUCAUCUUCCGUGUCUGUGGCUUCUACAUCUCCUGUGUCUGAGGGCUCAAGUCUACCUCCAGCAUCAUCAGUUUCAUCUGUCACAUCUCCACAGUCACAGCACACAGGAUCACCACUGUCUAGUUCUCCUGUAUCAACUGCAACUGAUUUCAGUUCUCCAGUGUCUCAACAGACUGAAACGUUUGCUUCGAGUCUUCAUGUUGAAACUGUGGCAGCCACUUCUCGCGUAACUGUCCUAACAUCAUCGCCUAUGAGCCCCAUAUCUGCUGCGUCUCAAGCCCCAAGUCAAUCUCCUGUAUCAUCGUUUUCAUCUCUCACAUCUCCAGAAUCAGAGUACACGGGGUCAUCGUUACCAAGUGUUCCCAUAUCAACUGUGACCAAUUUAACAACGUCACCUCUGAGUCCCUUGUCCACAUCUCCUGUGUCACAACAAACGUCUGAGGCAUCGUCUGUUCCCGUGUCACCAAGUGAUUUUGCUUUUACUCGACUCCAUUCGGCUCAAACAUCUGACUCGUCUGAACAAACAUCAGGACCAACUUUACCAGCGUCAUGGCAAACGACAGCAUCUUCAUCAGCACCAAGUGGCCCAUCAUCGACCAUGGUCUCCUCUGUAUCGUCUUCCUUUGAGUCAACUCCGGUGUCUGAGGCUUCUACAUCUGCUGCGUCUGAAGGCCCAAGUCAAUCUCCGGUGCCAUCAAUUUCAUUCAAUGAAACUGCCACGUCUCCAGAAUCGCCGUUGACCGACUUCUCAUUUUCACCAAGUGCCCCUCUAUCAGCUGCUACUGAUGCCACUUCUGCAGUAUCUCAACAUACAGAAACGUUAAUUUCAAGUGUUCCUUUGUCAACUGUGACGGCCGCUUCCAAAAUAACUUCACUGACGUUUACGCAGCAAAGCGCAUCCAUAAGUCCCGUGCCUACAUCUCCUGUUUCCCAAUUAUCAACAAUACCAGCAACAUAUGUGUCGCCGAGUGGCUCUGCUUCUACCGAGCUAUAUUCUUCUACUAAGCUGUUUCCAACUGUCACGAUGUCUGAAUCAUCUGACCUAACAUCAGCAUCAUCUGAAUCCACAUUUACAGAAUCGUGGCAAACAACGCCAUCAUCAUCAGAACCAACUGGAUCAUGGAUGACUACGGACUAUUCUUUAUCACCGGAUUUAUCUCCAGUGUUCGUGGCUUCUACAUCUCCUGUGUCUAAGGGCUCAAGUCAAUCUCCAGCGUCAUCCCUUUCAGUCGUCACAUCUCCAGAAUCACAGCACACAGUAUCAACUCUGUCUAGUUCACCUGUACCAACCGUGACUGAUCUCACAUCACCAGUGACCAGGCAGACAGAGACAAUGGCUUCAAGUGUUCCUGUACCAACUGUGACAGCUGCUUCUAGUGCGACUGUGCUCACAUCUUCACCGAUGAGCCCCAUGUUCACAUCUGCAGUGUCACAGCAAACAGCAUCUGAGGCAUCGUCUGUUUUGUGUCACAAAGCGAUGCUGCUUCUACCGAGCUAUAUUCAUCUCAAACAGCCGUGACAUCUGACAUAUCUGAUCAAACAUCUCCAGAAUCACAGUAUACAGGAUCACCACUCUCUAGUUCUCCUGUGUCAUCUGUCACUGAUAUCACAUCUCCAGAAUCACAGUUCACAGGAUCAGCACUGUCUAGUUCU